GCGAACAACGGGGCAGACGCCGCCGCCGACGGACCCCGGCAGAUACACAUUCACUUCCUUCGCUACGUACCAGCGCCAACAGAAUUCCAAAUGCCCGACUUAAAACGCAUCAUCAUCGUAAGCCUGGGCAACCCGGGUCGCGCCCUGGACACAUACCACUCGGCCGGCCAUCAGGUGCUUGAGUUACUCCCCCUCCAGCUAGGCCGUCAGCACCCGAGUUUCGACAACAUGCGCAUCGCGAAAAAGACCACGCGCUGUUCUAUCGGCCAGCGAUAUUCCCUCUUCCAAAGCCCGACAGUUAUGAACGUGUCCGGACCGUGGGUGUCCAAAGCCUACCACGAACACCUCGCCGAACAGAAACUCAAGCCGGGAGAGGUCGGGUUCGUACUCGUGCACGAUGACAUGGAGGAGGAACUAGGCGCGGUUAAGAUCAGGGAAUGGGACAGGAGCCACCGGGGCCACAACGGGGUCAAGAGCGUCAAGGAGUCCCUCAGGGCGUAUCCAGAGGGCAGCUGGGCACGCGUGUCGGUGGGAAUCGGCAGGCCUAGGGAAGACCCCAAGGCACGGGAUCGCAAUACGGUGUCUGACUUCGUGCUGAUGACAAUCCCCCCGAAAGAACGGGAGGUCUUGGAGACAGUCGGGCCGCCCAGAUUACUCGAUUGCCUCUAUGAGUUGGAGGCGAAAUGGGGGAGGUAAGCGUUGGGCUAACCGCACCCAUUGCGAUUAACCGCCAUAUGGGACUGGCGGCCGCAACAUGCCGUAUGUAAUGCAACCAAACCGUGAUACCCCAAUUGGCGCCCUUACGUCGCCACGCUCCAGGCGUGAUGCCCUCGGGUAGAGGCAUUCGUGACAGCGGACAGGAAAUGCGCGGAGGUGGUGGCGCCCACCGGAACGGAUGUUGUCUAUCAGACGCUGCCGCUCGUUGCAGAGCACUUGAUUUUCAGUAUU